AAUUCAGAAAACCUAAUGUUAAAACUAACAAAUUGACACAACAGCCGUCACUGUGCCACCAUUAGUAUACUUUUGAAUAUUUUAUAAUAAUUAAAUUCCAAGAUAAAGUAAAAGACCUCAACAUGAAAAACAUACAUAAAUAUAUAUGAACUUACAUGGAACAUAAGUAAUAUCAAUCUUCAGCUGCCCCACUAUGUCCGCAUUGACAAGUUUAUUGAAAUUCUUUACGAAACAGACCGUCAGGAAACAACGCAUCGCGCUGAGCUGUAUCAGCGGGAACCCCACAAGGAGUUACGCCGAUAAACAAGAAAAGCACGUUGUGGUGAGAUCCCAGGUGCAGGGGAGUGAUAAUGGUGACCGCUUGCGAGUACGACGCGCGCGCGUGGCUGACGUGCCGCGCGUACUGCGGUUCGUGCGCGAGCACGCUAAGACCACCUGGCCUGGACUCAUCUCCUCUCCACCAUCACCCUCUCAGCUCGUGCUGUGUGACUACGUUGCAAGGGCACUAGCACAGGGUCACUCAAUGUUAGCAGAACAACAAGAACCGCGACGAGGGUGGUCCCAAAUCCGAGGGUUGGCGCUCGGUAUGGCAGUAUGCCCAUGGGACGCCAUGUUGCUGGAACGGUGGGCUCGCUGCGUCAGGUGUAGGCGCUCCCGGAGACUAAUGCACUUCACCGCUCACUGCUUACGUGCACCAGCCCUGCACGACAAAUACCGAGUGCAUAAUAUUCUGCAGAUAAUCCUGAUAGUACCCCACGAUAGUCCGAAAAAUACAGAGAUUGUUCACCUGCUGGUUAAAAAUGCAAUCCAGAGAGGACACGAUGUCGGCUUCCCAGUGUUGCGGUUCGAUGUUGCUGAUGAUGCUAUCGCAAGUGCUUUGGAUAACAUGAAACUAACAAAGGAAUGGGAGCUGAUGUAUGAUGUUCUUCCUGAUGUUGUACAUGAGCAACCUAUAACCGAAGCUACUACAACAAGCAAAAUGGAAUCUAAUAGAAGCAGUUAUUUAGAACCAGGAAAUUUCAUAGCAGUAUACACGGCAUUCACCGAUAGAACAUUAGAAAAAAAUAGCAAUGUUUCAAAAUGUGAAGAUAAAGUAUAGGUAAUGGCGGCUUAAUGACGGCUGUUCAGU